UUAUUGAAAAUUUCACAAUUGCAUUUGGGUUGAGGCUUUAUUUCUUGGAUUCUGAAGAGAAGAAAGUGCAAAGCUUUCUUACCGCAUUUGCUCUUCUUUCUCAUCACAUUAGCUUGUUCCCUUAAAAUAGCUAAAAAAGCAAAGGACUUUUCUCUGAAAUGGCGCUGUGAAGACCUGCCAUGAACAGAAGUUUGGACAGAGCGAAUCCAGAUAUUUUGAUUGUGAUGAUUGCAGUGAAGCAGAUAAUGAGGGGUGGUGAGGAGGACAAAAGAAGGGAAGGGAUGGGCCCUCAAAAGCCUGCAACAGAAAUGAGUGGUACUGCACCAAAGACUGUAUAUCGUCUAUUGGUGGAUGAUAGCUCCUCAGCUAAUGAAUGGAAGGUGGAUGUUACUUGACAUUUAGUUCAUCCACGACUUGUAAGAUUACCCACUAGAACAACAGAGCAUAGCCCCCUGCAAGUAAACUAGUGUAUUUCCUGAGUAAAGUCUCCAAAGGAGUGAACAAUGAGGUUCUGAAGAUAAAUAAUGGCUUAAUAUACAAAUGAAGCAUGAGAAGUUGGAUUAUUUUGAAGCUAUUUAUGUUUCUUGCUAUGUGAUAUGAUGGAGAAUCGUUUGUUUAGUGUUUCGGUAGAUAUGGCUGGCAGGAAUUCCAUUGUAAUGGAAGGAAUUGGAUCUCAGAUAACCCCAAGCUCAAUUGUCCAGUUUGAUUCAUUUGACCUCAACAACCAAAAUCAGAUAUUUGAUGGAUACACUGUGCUUCAUACGUCGCGAGGAGCACCUAUCAGUGAUCUUCAUACAGAUAAUCGAGCCGUAAUUGUUGACUCGGAGGCAUUAGUUACAUCUCUCGAAAGUAAUGUCAGGAGAGGCGCUGAGUUUCAAGAACAAUUUGUGGGUGGAAGUCCCAUUUCUGGUCCAGCACUUCCUACUCUUGUAUCCUCAAGAAGUGGUCUUCAAGAAAAUCUGACCAACUUAGCAAUUUCAGAACCUGCGAUGUAUCCCUUGGAGAUUUUAAGAACUUGUGCUUCUAAUGACUUCUCUAAUGGUUUAAACUCCUCAUUUGCUUCCUCUGUAAAUUAUGGGUGCGAUGAAGUAUUUGGUAAUAUGAAUGCUAAGGAGGGUGUUAACCAAUUUCCUGCUCCCGUAGAGCUUGGUGGAAAAACCCCUAUAAGAACAGGGUUCCAAUCCUAUUCAUCCAUGGGAAAUCUGGAACCAAAUAGCUGGAUAUCUACAAAUAGUGUGAAUGUAAGUACUGAUAAUCCUUACAGUUCCUGCCAUUUUAGUAAUGAGCUAUCUUUAAGUCUAGCAACAUCUCAGCCUUCUGCCAUAAAUGGGUCUCAUGUCCCAGACCAGUGCUCUGAGGUAAGUUGUUCUGGUGUGACACGCCAUUGCUUGAAAGAAACAGGGUUAUGCUCAGAACAAACCUCUUCAAGCAGUAAGGAGCCUUCUCUGAGAUGUGGUUCUUACAGGGCUGGUCAAUUCUCACAAGUAAUAUCAGGGUCCAGAUAUCUUCAAGUAAUACAGGAAAUACUUGCUCAAAUUGCAAGUUAUUCACUAGAGAAUCUAGACCAGUUGAGUUUUUCAACCAGUGGGAUCAAGGUUGGGGCAAAUAUACCAUUUGGUUCAAGUUAUCCAAUGGAGGGAAGAAUGUGUCUAAUGGGUCCUGACGGAUCGCCUAAUGUGGAUAGUAGAUUUGAAGUUCGAGUGGAUCCAGUGUUGCAGAAACGAGCACUGGAAGCAAAGAAGACACAAUUGCUGACUCUACUUCAAGUGGUUGAUGACCGAUAUAACCAAUGCUUGGAUGAGAUACACACGGUCGUAUCUGCUUUCCAUGCUGCAACUGAAUUGGAUCCUCGAAUACAUGCUCGAUUUGCUCUCCAGACGAUCUCCUUCUUGUAUAAAAGCCUUAGGGAGAGGAUCAGCAACCAAAUCCUUGCUAUGGGAGCACCUAUUGAUAGUGGAGGUGCAAGAGAGACAGAAGGAUCUCUUGAAACUUCCUAUUUCCAAAAGCAAUGGACUCUCCAGCAACUGAAGAAAAAGGAUCAUCAGUUGUGGAGGCCCCAGAGAGGCUUGCCAGAACGAUCUGUCUCAGUGCUGCGUGCAUGGAUGUUUCAGAACUUCCUUCACCCAUACCCUAAAGAUGCCGAGAAGCAUUUGCUUGCUGUAAAAAGUGGACUGACCAGAAGCCAGGUUUCGAACUGGUUCAUUAAUGCUCGAGUUCGACUAUGGAAACCGAUGAUUGAGGAAAUGUAUGCUGAGAUGAACAGGAGGAAAGCUCGCCAAAAUGAGGAAGGAAGCAACAGCAAUCACAGAAACCACAUGAUCAGCAUCAGCAAUCUAAGAUUUAAUGUGAAUUAAAGUUGAUGAAAGAUGGAUAUAAUGGCAAUGAGACAGAGCAUUUACAUAUUGUUUAGUAGAACAUCCAUAAAUUGGACACAACUGUAAAUAAUGCUCCAUAAAAGUUGGGGAGUCAAGCAAGGGUGAUCAAAUUAUGUAUGUUGGAUGUCUCAUCAAGCAAAUCAGAACCCAAGCGAGUUAUAUGCAAUGAAAUUAUUUUGUAUGCUCA